AUGUCAUCCGGUCCCCGCCCAUCGACGCCGAGCCGAGACAUCCUCGACCCCGAGGACAUGGAGCUGGACCAGGAGAUCGGGGACUUCCUGGUGGCCAACUGGGUUUGGCCUUUCCGGGUGGACCCCGGGGACGUCCUCGAGCUGGAAUGCUCCGACCACGAGGAGGGGGAGGUCCCGGCCCGACCAUCACCACAGGCAGCGGAGCAGUCUCCUCAGCCCGACCGACCGACCUCGCCGACGGUGGAUCCCCAGCCGGCCGUCGUCCCUCUGCUGGCCGCGUCACCUCCACGCCGAGUUAGGUUCGCUUCGCCAAUCGCCGCCUCGGCGGCGGAUCCAGUUUUCUCCGCCCCGACCUCGCAACAGCCCCGCCUCUCCACCCCGUCAUCAUCGCCGCCCCGCUUCUCCGCCUCGUCAUCAUCGCCGCACCGCCUCUCCGCCCCGUCAUCAUCGCCGCCUCGCCUCUCCGCCUCGUCUUCAUCGCCGCCCCGCCUCCCCACCCCGUCAUCAUCGCCGACCCACCUCUCCGCCCCGUUAUCCUCACCGUCCCGCCUCUCCGCCUCUCCGCCCCUUCGUCGCUGCCGUCCCGUCUCUCCGACCCGUCAUCGCCGCCGUCCCGCCUCGCCACCCAGUCACCAUCCUGGCCCCGCCGCACCGCCUCGCCCACGUCUUGUUUUGCCGUCUCAUCGCCUGCACGAGCGUCACCGUCACGACUCCCCUCCUCGCCGCCCACGACUGGGAGAAGCACCAGCAGGAGCCGAAGCAGGCCGAGCGCGCCGCAGACCGUCACCCAUCAUCUGGGAACCGGCUCGACCGAGUGGCCUGGCCCGAGCCCCUGUUUGCCGGACGGAGCCCUAA